ACUGGAAUACAAAAAUGUAUGUUUCAAUGAUUAAAAGGCAGCAUUCAUAUUAAGCAGAUCAAUUUAAGAAAAAGUUGCUCUGCUGAGAUGUUGGUCUAGAAGCUUCAGCACACAUUUGACAUUAAAGUUCACGUCCUGCUGUGAGGGGGGCAGGAUGCAGUCCUGGUCGAUCAGCUUCUUGGUCACAUGAAGCUCAAGAGAACAAAGUUUCUGGACUGUUUGCUUCAGCCUUUGCGACAGUUCCGAGGUCGGCUCUGACAUGUUCAGCAUGUAACAGCGGAAGAUGGAGAGAUGUUGACCAGUGAAGAGCUGCCCGUCGGGCACAACCAGUUCUGUGUAGUUCUGGGUGAGGCAGGAGAUGUUUGGAAGCUGUCCAGGUACCUCCUGCAGGAGAUAGACUUGGUCAGCACUGUGUGUAAAUGUGUAUCAGUGAGUAACGCACAGCCAGCUCAAUAUUCUCAGCAUGAUCAAGUAACGUAAUCCCCCAGAAGUAGCCGAGUGUUUGGAAGUUACAUCAGAUUUUCAAAAUAAUUUAAUGCUUGGAAACAUUUUCCGUUACGACGGUAGAGAUUUUUCAACUUAACACUCCUGCGCUUCAAAGCUGCUUUUGUUUGUAUAAUAAACAGAUUAAAUAAGACAUCCAGCUUACCAGGUAGCCCAAGAGGGUCUUUAUGUCCUUCCUGAGGACCUUAACGCCAGCCUUCAAGGCACCGCGAUUUCCCUCCUUUCGAAGUGCAGGCGCUGCUUCUACACUGAGCAGACACACCAAAACCAUGACUGCAGCAGUGACAUGGAAGAGCACAGAGUAGAGAUUAACUAGAUUUAAUGAAACACACACAUACAGUUGUUGUGCAAGUUUAGGUUGUAGGACCUGGUUUCAAAUAUUAUGACAUUUUUCAAUAAUGCUUACCAGUACAGGAUUUCAUGACAGCAGGAGGCUCUGGUCUGCAGCAGGUUCUCUGAUGGGACACUUUCUACGAUCCAUCGAUCUAUCGAGGAUUUCUUUUAUUGGGAUUCCUUAGAUAAAGAUCGACAUCUUAAUAUUUCCCCUUGCGUGUUGUCAGUGAACUAGUCAUACAUGUAAAAAAAAUUCACUUCACUUCUGGGGGUUCCCUCAGACGUCCUGUGACGUGCAUAUAAAUUAAAUACAUUCAAUCACUUUUUCCAACGGUCAACUAUUUUUAUAGUCGUUUUAUAUCAAUUAUAAAGUAUUCUGUUGGCACUCAUUAAUUACCGACAACUAUUAAUAUUCUUUUUCAAUAAUUCAUCUGGAAAUCUCAUCGAUCAAGAUGUGUAACCAAAGUGUCCUACAUUGAGUGUGUGCGUGCAAGUUUCAAACCAAACCACUGAAUUUAAAAGAUAAUUUAUUCUCCUGGAUCACAAAGCUACAGUUAAUCACAGUCAACCUCGAUAUCAAACAAAAUGACUGAAAAAUGACCUAAAAUGACCGAAUCUAAGAGUAAUCCCAGCGAUCACUACACAGCUGAAACCCAAUAAAAUAAGUGCACCUCUGUUAAUAAAAGACAACACAUGUUAAAAACAAAUUGGGCCAGCAGGAGCGAGCGAUAAAAUAGGUAUUACACUAUAAAAUCGAGGCUGUGAUGACGAGGCACUUACCACUUUAAAAGCCAAAUGACGGCCGGAUUUGUAAAACUUGUGUUCAACAAACGUUUCAAAUAUUUGGAGAUAAAUUCCUCCCCCGUUCACCUCUCCCAUGCAACCCAAUGCCUCCCUGUCCAGCACAGCAGGCUCAGACUGUUGAACAGGGAGACGCUGGGGAGGAGGACGGAUGGAAUGAAACCGCAUCAGGACAACCAGAGGCAGCUCGUUCAAAAGUUGUCCGACUUUAUUAUUAUUAUUAUUAUUAUACAGACAUUCAUAGUCACCAGAGGAUGAAUUAAUUCAUUAGAAGUACUUUGAUAAUCCCCUAUUUUAUCUAACUCCAUCGUCGCAAGUUUCCAUUUUUCCUUGAAUCACCAAAUCCCUGCAAAAUGAAUGACAUUACCAUCAGGUUAAUUGGUUAAUGAAUAUUAGCCUUCCAACAUGCUAAACAAAGAUGGUAAAUAUGGUAAACAGUAUACCUGCUAGACAUCAGCAUGUUAGCAUUGUAAUGUUGGUCUAAACAAUUCUCGAGUUUUUUUUUGCUUCACUUACGCAAACAUUUCAUUUUAAUUCUUAAUGAAAUCCUUCAGCGAGACUCAGCUGUUGCCUAGCGACCGACAACCAUUUGUAAACAAGCAGCAGGGGGCCGUUGCAUUGCAUAUUGUAGCUUGUGUUUCUCUUAACAGAUCUAUUUAACUUGCUAUAGAGUAACAGAUGUUGAAAGACACGAGCUCAAACAAGCUGUCUGCUGUGUUAGAGAAGCAGAUUCACCGCCUUUGUCUGAAUGACUUUCCUCUCGGACAUGGCACCUGGACAAAGACCAAAGACCGAACAGAGGCAGCAGAGACGGACGACGCGGACGCCCUGCUGGAUCUGCUGCGCUGCCCUCACUCCCCGUGGCGCCAUGAUGAACCAUGGAGCCCUCAAGCUGCGGCUCUGAGAGAGCUUGCCGUCCUCGCUCCCGAACGCCUGCACAAAGAUCUGAUCUACAAUCAUUUUACAACACUUCGCAUUGUGGACGAGAGUGUAUCCGUCAUCGACGACGGCCUGUUGAAGUUCUCAAAGCUGGAAGAAUUGGUGCUGAGUGACAACCAAAUCUCACAAAUGUGUUCAGAAAACCUCCCCAGCACUCUGAAGAUUUUGGACGUCCGUGCCAACCGGUUGUCGGCUCUAAACAGUCUCACCAACCGGCCGCCUCCCUGCCUGCAGUACCUGAGCCUCGGCUCAAACCGCCUGGGUUCACACGAAGACGUGCGUCAUCUCACAGGAAGACACUGGCCACAGCUGGUGUGUCUGGACCUGAGCAAUUGUGAGUUUGAGGACCAGCAGGCCCUGCUGGGCGCCUUGAGCACGCUCCCCUCGCUCAGGACUCUGGUGCUGGAGGGGAACCCAUUCACUCUGGCUCCCUCCUACCCGGGCUUCACCGUGGACACUCUGCCACGACUCUCGUGCCUGGACACAUCGUGGAUCUCCGCCGAGGAAAGACACCGUUUUAGGGGCUUCGCCAAGAACGAUGUGGCGGCGGACUGGGCGUCCUGCACGGUGAGUGUGGCCGAGGUGCGCGGAAUCCCGGACCCACUGGCGAGAGUGGAUGAGAGCAUCGCAGACUUCCCUGUGGUCAACUACGGCUAUUUCAUCACUUAUGAGUUCCUUAGUCAUCAAGCUGUUACCGCGAACGCUGAUGCAGCACAUGUAAGAGAGGAGCGCUUCGGUGACGCUGACCUACAAUCAAACAGAAAUUGUGGAAAAGAGUCGUCCAAACCAAACACACACAACUUACUGGUGGAUACUGAGGAAACCUGCCAUGAUGUCGCAUAUGGUGUUUGUGCCAAACUUUCACUCGUGUAUUAUUCUGAUGUUUCUUCAGUGUCAGCACACAGCACAUCAAAGCUCCCCUGGUCAGGAUGCAUGGACUUCAGUCACACACAAACCUACAUUGUUACUCAUCUGGGAGACUUGAAGAGGUUCUUCAAUCGAGGAUUUUAUCUUACAAUAGAGGAGGAAAAGGUCUUGUCGUGGCCCGCGGCCUCUGAAGACGUCCCGUCGGCCAAACCCGGCCGACCUGUAAAAGAGAAGAAAAGCGGAAAAGGCAAAGAAUCUCCAAUCAAAUCUGGAUCCACGAAAGAUAAAAAGAGAAAAUGUGCACCCGAGCUGGUCCAGGACGCCCCCAUCAGAAGAAUACUAGGUUCUGUCCACAUCUGCCUUCAGAGCCUGCUCACGGGAGGACAAAAGGUCAAUGUCCUCUGUGACCUUGGGGCUCUGCACAGCGAGUCUGAGGUGGAUGCUACACAAACACCUGAAGAGGAUCUGGGAAAGAAAAUCAAAGAGGACAAGAAGUCAAAGCAGAGAGGAGGCAGUGGUACGAGGCAGAAGAAUACAGCUGCUUCAAAAGGCAAAGGAAAGGGAAGGCAGGAAUGCGAGAUGGACGUCCACACAGACAUCUCAGUGACCGUGGAAGUGAAUGUGGAGCUGGAGAAAUGGCGUUCUCCAUCUGAAGCUCAUCAACUUCUGCUCCCACAACAGAACUCCUUAAACAAACGGCCUGUUUUGUCUUAAAGUCAGAUUAGCAGCUACAUCGGGUUCAACUCCCUUUUCUUCAGUCCAACCCACAGGAAUCAUAUUCCUCCAACUACCCGAACACAAAGCCACGGUACCACACAAACCCAAAAUCCACUUUAUUUCUUCCUCACUCCAAACUUCUUUCAUUACUUUUGAAGGCGAGUAUAUCGGAGGGAUUCAUAUUUUGUGUUUCUUCCACAUCUAUUCACAGUCUAAUAUAUUAUUAUUAUUAUUAUUAUAGUUACACCAUCCAACUGGAAUGAAGCUUUGGUUUUUGACCUCAGAUUGUCUUGGUAACAACACGUCUUUCAUAACUGCGUGCAGCGGUAAACAGAGCCUGCAAAGCACUUUCAAUUGAACAGUAAAUACAGAGAUUUGAUUUUUAAUUUAUACAUAAAGUUUAUUCAUUUUAAUGCAGAUAUUCAAAACAUUUUUAAAGAAAUACAAUGAAGUAUUUCAUUGUUUCAUACAGAAACAAUCUUUUAAUUGUACAUUUUUGGAAAGGCCAUUUCACUGAGGUGUUACAGUAAGUGAAGUGCUUUAGAUUUCCCUGCUUGUUCUUUAACAAUCAUCCAACAGUUCCUUCAUGGAGAUCAUGAAAAAUGUUCCUCUUAAAGCA